CUGAAUAGGACAGCCAGAGGUUUUUCUCACAGUGAAAUAAAGCCCAGACAUUGGUGAGGGAAGGAGCCAUGUGGAUAUUUAGGGGAAGAGUUUUCAGGCUGCAGGUACAGCCAGUCAUAGGACAGGAUAGGAUAGCCCCGGGAUAGGAUCAGGCCGGAUAUACCCCAGGAACAGUGAGGAGGCCAUUGUGGCUGGAGUAGGAUUGAUGGGGGGAGUGAGGUGGGGUGAGGUCCAAGAAGGAAAGGGACUGGAUCAUAUGGGACUUUGAGGGCCGUCGUGAGGACUCUGGUUUCUACCUUGAGGGCAAUGGGAUGAGGAGGGCUCCGAGCGGAGGAGAACCCAGAUCUGACUCAAAUGUUGAUGGGUCCUUGUGGCUAUCAGAGGUGGGAGUGCAGGCAGGCCAGCAAGACCCUAGAGAAGGCUGCCUAGAGAGGCCAGAUGGGUGACAAUAGUGGACAGAACCAGGGCCAAGGAGGAGGUGGUAGAGGGAGAGUAUUAUGUAUAUAUCCAGGGUGGAAAGUGCGGUGGGAGAGAGCAGGGGAGGGAAGCAGAGGAUGCAGAGGGCAAGGGGAGCUAAUGGUGCCCAAGCCCACGCCCUACAUCCUCACAUCAGCCCCCUGAAGGAGCGUCCAGCAUGGCCCGCAGCCUCCCUGGGCGAUUCUGGGCCCGUGGCUGGGCAACACAGAGCCAGGACUGGGGCUCCAGGUGGAGCCCAGGUGCUGUCCCUGCCUCGAUGUCCCCCGUUAUCUUCCCCAGACUACAACACGGUGCAGACUGUGGGCAUGACUCUGGCAACCAUCUUGUUCCUGCUGGGUAUCCUCAUCGUCAUCAGCAAGAAGGUGAAGUGCAGGAAGGCGGACUCCAGGUCUGAGAGCCCAACCUGCAAAUCCUGUAAGUCCGAGCUUCCCUCUUCAGCCCCUGGUGGCGGCGGCGUGUAACACCUGCUCGAGGAACCUCCGCUGCCGACCCUGUCUGAGCGCGGGAGCCUGAGGACCGGGUGGAGGCGGUGGGGACCCAGCAGCGCGCCGGGAGCGCUCCCCGGAAUGAGCCGCCCCACCCACCCCAAGGCUGGAGCCGCUGCACCCUGCUGUCCCUCCCCAGGCCUUGGCAAUGAUGAUCCCCCAAAGAGCCCGUCUGCACCCCAGACCCGGGGCCUCAGGCCUCCAGCUCCUGGGAUCCGGGAGUCCAUCCCGGCCCAGCCCCGCCAGCAUCCCCGUGUACGGUCCCCCUGCACCUCCUUGUCUCAGCCCCGAAGAUCCGUCCCCCUGGCCCCUCAGUGUCCAUGUCUUGAGCUUAAUAAACGUGCAUUUGGUUUUUUC